UUCAGAUCUGGAGGCUUUAACUGGACUGAAAGCGCCAAGUGAAGUCAGUGUCAGUAGCAGUAGAUUGAUGGAAGAAUCCCAGCAACCACAGACGUUUUCUGAGGUGCCCAUCAGCUUGGCUGAAAGCAAAGAGGACGACAGGGAGUCCCAAAGGUGGAGUCGACUUCACUCCCAGAUCUCUAAAAAACUGAUCACUUUGACAAAAGCUAAAGAGGAGCAUCAAAGCCUGAUGAGUGCAGGAGAUGGAGGAAACGGUGAAAAGGUUCCAGAAAAGGAGUCGAUGUCAACUGGAUCUGCUUCUGCAGUUCUACAGCGAACACAUGAAUCCAUCAACAUGCUAAGACAAAUAGUGAGGGCUACAGGCGGGUCUGCAGGUGAGAAGAAGGAGCUAUAUGAGGCAGUUCGGAGAGUCCUCUUCUGUCUGGACUCUCUGACUGACCUGCUGUUGACUCCUGGUGGUGCUGGUGAAGCUGAUUCUCAGCUGAGGCUGCUGCAGCAAGAGUGUGUAUCAGCUGAGCUGGAGACUCUGGCUGAGCUGUUGAGUAAAGUAGCGUCACAGACCGGGCCUGCACUUUCAAAGGACGAGCCAGAUGCUCACAGCUGUCUGAGCUGCCUUCAGGAUUGUCUUCAUACUGUCCAGCUGGUCUUUAACUCCCCCCACCAUCCACUCACUGAACAUCCAGGCACCAAGAGCCAACAGAAGGAGCUCUUCUCCAGCCACCUUCUGGAGGACUUUGAUCUGGGACAGAGUGAGAUCUUCCCCAGUCUGAAGGAUGCUCCGGUGUUAGAGUGUGUGGUGGGCAGACAUCUGAGAGAGAGUCCAGGGGAAAAAGCCAAGCUGCAACAUGCUUCUCGGUCCUUGCUUCAGGGGAUAGCUCGCCUCCUGGAAUUGGGUGAAGAAUGCAUAACAGAAAGACCGAUGAGCCAGGUUCACAACUGCAGUAAACUUCAAACCACUCUCUGCAGACACAAGAAACUCCUUCAGGUCCUCAGGUCCCGGUUGGCAUAUGUCCAGCAUCUAUUCCAACAUGAGCCAGAAGCACUCAGGUGUCAAGAGGAUGAAUGGGUACAGCUGGAAGUCAGGGCCAAAGCACUGCAGCAACAGGCUCUGGAACAGGAGGUGGCUUCUCAAAGGAGGCUCCAGGAGCGGACCCGCUGGGAGGGUAGCUGCGGUCGACUGGGACGGGUGCUGGAUGAGCGUGAAGCCUUCAUCAGCAGCGCGGCACCAGAGGGAGAUGACGAUGAGGAGAUGGUGCAGCACAGACUGGAUGCCUGCCAGCAAACGCUGGUCCAGCUGGAUGAGAGCAGAACUGGUUUAGGACGGCUGCUGGACGAGGGGAAGGUGCUGCAGGCAGAGCCAGGGUUUGCUGCCUGCGUCAGUCAGGCAGGAGGCGCUCUGGAGCUGCGAUGGAGGAGUGUCUACAGGCGGACAGAACAAGAGAUCCAGCGCUGCAGAGACAUUCAGGACACUCGAGCCAGAUUCCAGACUGACUUUGCCGCGGUCAGUGAACGGCUGCUUGGUGCCAACAAACAUCUGAAGACUUUUUCAGAUCAGGGAGAUACCUCUGACCUGAGCCAGGAGUGCGUUAAAAGCAACCUGAUCAAGCUGCUGGACCUCUCCAUGCAAGUGGAGGCCAUGUCAGUGCUGAAGGCGUCUGUAUCCAAGGAUGGCACUAAGCUCCUCCACCUGCAGGAAGCUGAUUGUCCUGCGCUGAGAAGUCAGCUCACCCAGCUGGAGGUCAGCUGGAACACACUGACCUCUGACCUGUCCAAGAAACGAGAGCAGCUGCAGCAGUGUCUGCUGGCAGCACAUCCAUCGGUGGAGCUGCUGUCAGACCUGGAGGACCGGCUAAAAAACAUGGAGGCUCAGCUGACCCAGGAGAAAGAAGGAGUCCUGAAGGCCACAAAUGCAGCUCAGAUCGCUGAAAUCCUGCAGCACUACCAGGUGUUACAGGCAGCUGUGGCCAAUGGGCAGCUCCUCCUGGAUUUCCUCUGCCAGCCUGGAGCUCAGACGGCGGGAGCAGACAUCCAAGCCCUCCGCUCUGAACGCACAAUGUUCACAGAGAAACUGGGAACCUUCAGACUGAAGUGGCAGCACUUUCAGAGGGAGCUGCAGAGCCAGAUUCGUGCAGCUGAGCAGAUACAUCAUAACUGUGCAGGAAGAGAGAGACAUUUGCAGCGUCUUUACGGCUGGAUAGAGCGGCAGAAACAACAACUGAGUCAGUGGAAGCAGCCCACCAGCCAAACUGUGGCUCGCAAGGCUCUGCUGGAGUGGGAGGCUGUUGCGGGCAGAGUGAGGGAGGUGGCUUCAGCUGUGCACGAGCUACAAACCAGACGAGCGCAUGGUGAACAGGGAGGGGAGCACCCAUGUGAUUCUGCCUUUUCUACCCAGGCACAGAGCAGCAGUCAUGCUUGCAGGGAUCUUAGUCAACAGAUGGAAGCUCAGAAGCCAGUUCUUCAACAGACUGUGGAUGACUGGAGCUGUUUCCACAGAAAUCUAAGGGAUGCUAUCCUGCACACCACUAGGGUGCGCUGUGCCCUGCAGCAUCAACAAGCUCCUCUGUUUUCACUAAAGCAGGCAGAAGGAUACUCAGACCUCGUCCAGCAACUCCAGGGAGAGGCUGGUAAAGGAGAAGAGCUUUGGACGGCUGUAGACAAAUCCCAUCAGAGUCUUGUGCAGACUGUCCAUCCUGGAGCAGCACAGGCGCUGCAUGAUCAAAUGGAAGGAGAGCAAAAACGGUGGAACGACGUUGUGCAGGAGAUAAAAGACGAGCACAUGAAGGCUGGAGAGACACUUUCCCUCUGGCAGGAGUACACUCGCCUCUCCGACAGCUGCUCUGUUCACCUGCAAAACCUGCGGCAUCAGUGGGAGGAGCUGUCAAGUUCUUCACUUUCACCUGAACAGGACACACAUCGCUCAGUACAGAAGUUGCAGGAGGCUGCUGAAGAAUUGCAGCGCAGCGUGGGAGAAGUGCUGGCGGUGUCCAAGCCUCUUAUUGGACAGCUAGAACCUCUGGCUGCUAAUUUGAUCCAAGCAGAGACCAGGCUGCUGUCACGUGACAUUCUGUUGCUGAACCAGGCCAUGUCAGGGAAAAACACAAGUCUUCAGGAGAACUUGGACCAACAGAAACUGUUUCAUACUCGACUGGAGGACCUUGAAAAGCAGACACAGAACUUGCUGCAUAAACUGAAGGACACAGACUCUGUGGAGCAAGUUCUCCUGGAGCUCAGUGAUCUGUUCCCAUCACUGGUGGAGAUUAAGGAGAUGAGCAGCUGCAUGACACUGAAGAAGCAGGAGAGGGAGAGACUGCGUGUGCUCAGCAGGGACUGGGCUGAAAGCAUGACUGGUGCAUCUGACAUGAACAGGAAGUUGCAGGCUGAACGUCAGCAUUCCCAGAGCUUUCAGGAGAAGUGUAAGAACCUGACAUCUAUCCAGGAAAAGCUUAAGCAAGAGUCAGUGUGCAGCAAACCUGUGAGUUAUUCAAGCGUCCAGGAGAUGCUGGCUGUCCAUCAGAGGCUUCAGGCUGAAAUAACUACAGGACAUGAGCUUCUGCAGGGCCUGCUCUGUGACGCAGUCAAGCGUAUGGAAAAAGAAACAGGAGAGAAAAGAUCUGAACUCAUGGCACAAGUAGCCUGUGUGAAGGAAAGCUGGUUCCACUCCAUCGCUCUGGCUCGUCACAAUCAAAUAUUAACAAAGGAACAGCUACACCAGUGGAGAAUCUUCCACCGCGGCUUGAAAGUUUUGAAGAAGUUGCUGACAGAUGUCGACUCUUUGCUGCCCCCCACUGGACCUUCUCUGUGCACGCUGCAACAGCUCCAGAACUGUGCGGAUGAUUACCAGUGCGCAGAAGAGUCUCUGGGUCUGCACUCUCCUGUGUACACUCAGACACUGGAGGCUGGCAGACAUUUGUGUGAAACCAUGACAGAGCCGGAGAGUCAGAAUCGACUGCAGUCAGAGCUCCAGGCCAUAGAGGCGGCCUGGGAGCGAAGCUGCUCGCUGGUGGGAAGAAGAGGCCUGGUUGAUAGCACUGUUCAGAUGUGGUCUGAGUGUCAGGAUGGAAUAACCAACAUCAUGUCGGAACUUGAUGAGCUGAAGCUGAAGCAACCACCGUCUGAAGGACCAGAGGACUCUGAGGAAGAGACACUUAUUCAGGAGACCGAGCUCUCUCUGCAGCGACUGGCCGGUGGAUUGAGGGAACUGGCCACCAUGAAGACGGACCUGUCCCAGUAUGUCGCGGCCAGUGACUCGGCUCUACUGGAGCAGCAGCUGGAGCAACUCCACACUCAGUGGGAAGAGCUGUGUAUGAAGGUAUCCUUGCGCAGACAAGAAAUCGCAGACCGCCUCAACGCCUGGACCAUCUUCAAUGACAAGAACAGGGAGUUCUGUGAUUGGCUGACUCAGAUGGAGAACAAGGUGUGCCACGUUGGAGAUCUGAGCAUCGAGGAAAUGGUGGAGAAACUGAAGAAGGACUGCAUGGAAGAGAUCAACCUGUUCAGCGAGAACAAGAGCCACCUGAAGCAGCUGGGAGAGCAGCUGCUGUUAGCCAGUGAUGAGGCCAAGCAGAGCCAGGUCCACGGCUCACUGCAGGAGGUCAACCAGCGCUGGCACAACCUCUUCCACCACAUCGAAGCCAGGGUGAAGAAGCUGACGGAGACUCUGGUGACAGUGCAGCAGCUGGAUAAGAACAUGAGCAAUCUGCGCUCGUGGCUUUCUCGCAUUGAGGCCGAGCUGUCCAGGCCUAUCACCUACAGCGUCUGCCAUGAACAGGAGAUCCAGAGGAGACUGGCUGAGCAGCAGGAGCUGCAGAGAGACAUUGAACAGCACACUGAGGGCGUAGCAUCGGUGCUCAGUCUGUGCGACGUUUUGCUGCGGGACGAAGAUGCUGCUGGUGGCACUGAGGCGGAGAGCGACUCCCUGCAGGAAACCAGCCGCAGCCUGGACCAGCGCUGGAGGACCAUCUGUGCUAUGGCUCUGGACAGGAGGCUCAGGAUCGAGGAAACGUGGACACUCUGGUGUAAGUUCCUCAACGACUACUCCUGCUUCGAGGAUUGGCUCAAGAUGGCUGAGAGAACUGCUGCUAACCCAAACUCUGCUGAUGUCCUUUUUACUGUUGCCAAGGAGGAGCUCAAGAAGUUUGAGGGUUUCCAAAGGCAGGUGCAUGAGCGGCUGACCCAGCUCGAACUGGUGAACAACCAGUACCGCCGCCUGGCCAGGGAGAACCGCACAGACAGAGCCAGCCAGCUCAAAGCCAUGGUCCAUGAAGGCAACCGGCGCUGGGACACUCUGCACCGGAGAGUGGCUGCUGUCCUCCGCAGGCUCAAGUAUUUUACCAGCCAGAGGGAGGAAUUUGAAGGCACCAGGGAAAGCAUGCUGGUUUGGCUGACUGAGCUGGACCUGCAGCUCACCAACGUCGAACACUUUUCAGAAAGUGACGUCCAUCACAAGAUACAGCAGCUCAAUAGUUUCCAGAAGGAGAUCACCCUGAACACUGAGCGCAUUGACGGACUGAUAGUGUUUGGAGAGGGUCUGAUCCAGAAGAGUUCACCGCAGGACGCAGCGCUGAUAGAGGAUGAGCUGGAGGAGCUGCACUCCUACUGCCAGGAGGUUUUCAGCAGACUGGUCCGCUUCCACCAGCGUCUCAGCCAUCCUCCUAUCAAAGAAGAACCAGAGCUCUCUGCUACCACCUUUUCCCUGGAGUCCAGCUUGGAGCUGAUUGGCCGGCCGUGGCUGGGGAGGAACCUCGGCAGCCUCCCGGCCACGCCCACCCACCUGCUGACCUCACCCCUGGAGCGUUCAGGGAGGGAGACACCGGUGAGUGUGGACUCCCUGCCUUUGGAGUGGGACCACACCGGAGACGUGGGAGGGUCAUCAUCACAUGAGGACGAUGAGGAGGAGGAGGAGGAGGAAGACGAUGAAGAGGGAAUCUAUUACAGUGCACUGUCAGUUUCAAGCAGGUCUAUGGCUGCACACGAGCCUCCUCGAUGGCGGCCACCAGGACACACAGCGAACAAGUUCGACACAGAGGGACGCGCUGAGACACCCACCCUCACCAGCACCCCCCUGAAACAGAGCUAUCUGAGUCUCAUGUCUCAGUGCAGCGGCAGCAUCGAGAACAUUAAGAGAGUGUCACUGAUCCUGGAUGACGAGGAGCAGCCGGAGGAGUUUGGUCUGACAGGACUGACUGCCUCAGACAAACAGUCAGGUGUGAUUGAACGCUGGGAGCUGCUCCAGGCUCAGUCCAGGUGUAAUCAGCAGGUCGGCCCUCAGCAGCCUCAACCGCCCACCUCCGAUCUGGACGAUAUCACUUCCUGGUUAGAAAACGUGAUCCCGGAGCUGAAGCGCCUCCAGCAUUCCGACCCAGCAGCCAGCAUCAAGGACAUGGAGGCCAAAGCCAAAGAACUAAAGGAGAUGCAGAAAGCGUUUGCUCGCUACAAGUCUAUCAUGCUGUCUGUCAACCUGCGGGCUGAGGAAGCUCCAGAGCUGCAGGACAGACUGACGAGGAUGAACAGAGACUGGAGCAGAGCGUGUACGGGCCUCCAGCAGUGGGACACCAGUCUGAGGAAGACGCUGAUGCGCUGCCAGGAGUUUCAUGAAACCCUGCACUCUCUGCUGCUGUGGCUGGCUCAUGCAGAGAGCAGACGCUACGCUGUGGACAUCAGCCACCCAGACACAGCCGUCAGAGCCCUGCAACAACACAGCAGCACACUCACUGACCUGCGGGACGAGCUGCGGGGCAGGCAGGCCCAGCAGGCCUCCCUUCAGGCUCUGUGGUCUCAGCUCCAGCCUGAAGACGGAGCAGAAGAGAGCGACGAGGCCCAGGAGAAGCUCCACGUGACGGGAAGCAAGUUGAAGUUGCUGCUGAGGCAGGUGGACCAGGACCUCAGCACCCUGCAACAGCGUCUGGAUUGUGAAUCUGCAUCAGCUGUUCAAGCCCAAAGUACAUCAGCAGACCAGGAGGCCCCACAUUCAAAGAAGAGUCCCUCCUCUCAGAGAGAACGGAGGGAAUCUGGCCGCCCUCGAUCCUUCUUCUACCGGGUCCUGCGUGCCGCCUUCCCCCUUCAGCUCCUCUUCCUGCUCCUGCUGCUCCUCCCCUGUCUGAUUCCCAUGUCGGAGAGUGACCCCAGCUGCACUGUGGCCAACAACUUUGCCCGCUCCUUCUACCCCAUGCUGCACUACACCAACGGCCCACCGCCCACCUGAGUGGAAUCUGCAUGGAAACAGAGACAUUUUCUAAAGCAUACACUGAGAAACACAUGGCACCUUUUCUGUCAAAGUGAAACAUGUACUGACAUAUAAAACUGAUAUUAUCAUUCAAGAUUUUUAUUUAAAUGUAUUUGUAAAGAUUUGACCUUAUAGCAUAGUGUAUGUAUUCCCUGAAGAGAACCACACGUUUGACUGUCUUCCAAUCAGUGCAGGUAAAUAUUUUAGUUGUAAUAUUGUAAAGAUCUUGACACCAUUCACGAUAUCAUUCACUUUAGCUACUUGCAGACUGGCCACAGCACUGUGAGGAGUCAUAGAUGAGGUCUGGUUUAGGCAGCACAUACUCCAGCAGCAGCAGAAAGAUGUAGAGUAACAGGUCAGAUAGUUUUAUCAUCCCUAAACGAGGGGGUGACAAGAAGACAGCAAAUAUAUUCCAGGGAGUUCAGCGGAUAAUAACUAAGGGGUGGAGGUGUAACUAAUCAAAUAAGUUGAUGUAAUCGCAGUAUUUUGUCCCUGCUUGAAAAGAUAAAAGGUUCGUAUGAUGGAUAAUCAUGCCUUAACAUCCCCUUUCACUGAACGAGGCUGCUUUAGUGGGUUUUCACAAACCAUCACUCUGUAACUUAUUGUCCCUGAGCUCCAUGUUCUUGAGAUCUGCAUGUUCAUAUUUAGGUUAUGUCAUGAACUGUUAACAUUUCAUUUUGUCUGAUGUUAUCCUUCCUGUUAGACUGAACACUUUAUUUUAUACAACAAAAGAAACACACUGCUUACAUUUGAAUGUAUUCUAUAAAGAUCAACAGAAGAAAAUGUCAUUUUAUACACAUACUUGUAUUUUCAUAUUUUUGUAGAUGUGAUUUGUCUUGUGUAGAUUGUGAGCAGACACUUCCAUAUCUUCUGGUGCACUGUUAAGACAUUAUAGAUUUACUGGGAUGUUUAUGUACAGAAUGUAAUAAUAUAAUGCUUAUUUAUAACAUCAAGACAUGGAUUUAUGAGCCUGAUUUUCUGGUAGUAAACAAUGAUUGUCUCACA